AUGUAUCAUCGACCAGAGAUCAACGGAGAAUAUGAAAUAUUGGAAGAAAUUGGAAGAGGAUCUUUUGGAUCAGUUAGAAAAGUGAUUCAUAUGCCUUCAAAUACUGUUAUGGUACGAAAAGAGAUCAAAUAUGGACAUAUGAAUCAAAAAGAAAGACAUCAAUUAAUAGCAGAAUGUAAAAUUUUAUCACAAUUAAAUCAUGACAAUAUUGUCAAGUUUUAUUCAUGGGAUUUUAAUGACCAAAAACAAAUCCUGUUUUUAUAUAUGGAAUAUUGUUCACAAGGUGAUUUACAGAAAUUGAUAAGUAGAUAUAAGAAAGAACAUAAAUAUAUCCCAGAACAAACCAUAUGGACUAUUUUAGCACAGAUUUUAUUGGCUCUCUAUAGAUGCCAUUAUGGUGAAGAUACACCACCAUUAUUAACUAUUUAUGACAGAAUGAGAAAACCACAGAAACAAAGAAACACUAAUAUUGUGAUACAUAGAGACUUGAAGCCAGGAAAUAUUUUUUUAAGUGAUGAAGAUGAUAUUCAAUUUAAUGGAAAUAUGAUGAACCAAGAUGAUAACUACAACAAUGGAUCCCCAUACAAUUAUAACAGAGGAAGAAGCAAUAGUAAUGCAAGUGGAACUAGUAAUGGCAAUAACAGUAACGGAAGCAACAAUUAUAAAAAGAAUGGGAUUGGUAUUGUUAAACUUGGAGAUUUUGGACUUGCCAAAUCGUUGGGAAGUAGUAUUCAAUUUGCUACCACAUAUGUGGGGACACCAUAUUACAUGUCGCCUGAAGUGUUAAUGGACCAACCCUAUUCACCUUUGAGUGAUAUAUGGUCAUUAGGAUGUGUAAUCUAUGAACUGUGUUCGUUACAUCCACCGUUCCAAGCUAAAAGCUACACCGAAUUACAAAAUAAAAUUAAAAAUGGUAAAUAUGAAAGAGUUCCUGAGUAUUAUUCGGAUGGGUUAAUGUCAAUAAUUAAAAGUAUGAUUAAGGUUGAUAUGAGGGAUAGAAUGUCUACAUUUGAAUUAUUACAAGAUAUUCAAAUUCGUGCGUCCAGAAAGGCAUUACAGUUAGAAAUAUUUGAAAGAGAUUUAUUGAAUUAUGAAAAAGAAUUAGUCAAUAUUGAGAAAAUAUUAGAGAAACAAGCAGCUGACUAUGAGAGAACAAUGAAUCAAUUAAAAGAACAAUUUGUACAAGCUGUGGAAGAAAGAGCUAGGGAAGUAGUCAAUGGUAAAAAAAUUGGAAAAGUACCUGAAACACUAUAUCAUAAUGAAUAUCAUUAUCAUGAAGGUCUAUCAUCACGACCUGCAUAUCACUGGCAAACCAGAUACAGAUAA